AUGAUUUCUCUCCAAGCAGCGCAGCAGAAAAACACGAGUAAACAACAGUAAGAGGUUAACAACAGGAUGCCUGCAGAGAGUUGAUAUACUUCUAGGUUGAAGGGUCAAUGCAUCCUCUCUGUAUAUGAGCGAAGAGUUCGCGUCUGUCGAGUGGGACGGGCAAUUGAGGAGAAACUGGCCCCAUCCUCGCCUGCACUUUUAAUGAGCUGCCUGGAUCAUGCACGAGUAAAAAAAGUCCAGGUGGAGGCUUCACUCAUCUGAAUGGAGGCGUCAAACUAGCGCGCAAGGAUUUACAUUCGCGAUUUGCUGUGCUGCGGGAUUAUUUGGAGUCGUCCGGAGUUUAUACAACAACAUCUGGCCCGCGGAACCGACACCCACCCACCAUGACCAGGGCAUCGUUGACUCUUGUCUGUUUUGCGCUCCUGCUUUCCUGCACUUGUCGGGCCAAGCCAAAUGGAUCAAAGAGCAAGAAACCAAAGCAAGUGGUUCCAGCCAUCGAAUGCGAUGUCAGAGCUGGAAAGAUUAAUCUCCCGGAAUUCAUAGUCAAAUGCCCUUCGCACUGCCGAGAGACCAAGCAGCAGGUCUAUGGCACAGGGGUGUUCGCGUCCAUCUCCAGCAUCUGUAACGCCGCCAUCCACAGUGGCGUCAUCACCAAUUCGGGAGGAAAGGUGAUUGUGAGGAAAAUGGCAGGCCAAAACAUUUACAAAGGCAGUAACUCCAAUGGCGUGCGCUCUCUGUCACUACCUAAAUGGAGAGAAUCCUUCGUGGUCACAGAAGGGAAGCCAAAGAAAGGCGUGAUCUACCCUUCUACCCUUGACUUUGUCCCUUCAAGACCAACUUAUGUGAAGACUAGUCAAAAGGACAAAGGCCCCGCGGUUACCACUGCUCUUCCAACAACAGCAGCACCUGAACCCACCACCAUGACACCUGAACCUACCACUAUCGUCCCCACUACCCAGGCUCCCACGACCACAACAACGCCUCCACCUCCACCGCCCGCGACGACUCCCAAAGCCCGUGCUGUUAUGCAAAAAGUCCGAGAUGCAGGCAGCAGUCACCCAUACCUUGCCUCUGUAGCAGCUGCCAGUUCAAGACAAUCACAGACUGCUCAAGGCAAAAGCCCCAGCCAAGUAUUCCGUGGAAGUGCCUAUCCCAAUAGAUACCCACAGCGUUCCAGUGCAGGUCUUCGCAGACCAGAGGCUAUAAGGAGGCAGUCAUCCUCUCCAGUUGGACCAGCAGCUUUUAACAGAGGUCAGCAAACCCCCAAGGAGCGAACUCCAAUCAUGAGCCAAUCCAAUCCUGUUUAUCCCAGGAGGGACUGGGCCCCUCCGUCCUUCCCUCGUCCUGAGUGGUUUCCCGGAGCCAGACGAUCGUCAGAUGUUAUUUAUGCAGCUCCAGAUUCAGGAUAUACGUGGACUGAGACAGACACACCUGAGAUGACAGCUCAGGAUCACAGGCCCGAUAUCUCAGACUUUGAGCGCUGGUAUUAUAACUUUGGAUCAUACCUGUCCCGAUCUGACUUGGAGGGCAACCGCCAAGCGCCGCUGGAUACAACCAAUACGAGAGUGGAGACGGUGGAUGAAUGGAGACCCAAUGCAAAUCCUUAUGAAUCAGGCUUCACUGUGAGGGAGCAGCCACCUGCACCAAGAGCACCUGAACCUGUGUCACAGGGCGACCCAGACUGUAAAGUGGACCUGGUUUUCUUGAUGGACGGGAGCUGGAGCAUCGGAAAGCGGCGUUUUAAGAUUCAGAAGGACUUCCUAGCUGAGGUGGCUCAGGUCAUCAACCUUGGCGUGGCUGGACCCAUGAUGGGCGUCAUUCAAUACGGGGAUGACCCCGUCACAGAAAUCAGCCUAAAGAGCUACUCCAACUCCAGAGAUGUAAAGGCAAGCAUCGCUAAGAUUGCACAGAAGGGAGGCCUCUCCAAUGUUGGUAAGGCCCUUUCCUAUGUCAACAAGCAGUACUUCAGUGACGCCAACGGGAACCGCGGAGGAGCUCCCAACGUUGCUGUGGUGCUGGUGGACGGCUGGCCCACGGACAAGGUGGAGGAGGCGUCUCGGCUGGCAAGGGAAUCCGGCAUCAAUAUAUUCUUUGUCACCAUCGAGGGUGCCGACGACAAUGAGAAGCAAAACCUAGUGGAGGCCAAUUUUGUGGACAAGGCUGUGUGUCGCACAAACGGCUUCUUCUCCUUGCCCGUGUCCAGCUGGUUUGCUCUGAGAAAAACUGUGCAGCCGCUGGUCAAGCGAGUGUGCGACACAGACCGCUUGGUUUGCAGCAAAACCUGCCUCAACGCUAACGACAUCGCCUUCGUCAUCGACGGCUCUAGCAGCGUAGGCACGGGCAACUUCCGCACGGUGCUACAGUUUGUGGCCAACAUCACGCGAGAAUUUGAGAUCUCUGACACGGACACGCGAGUGGGCGCCGUGCAGUACACCUACGAGCAGAGGCUAGAGUUCGCCUUUGGCCAGCACAACACCAAGGCCGAGCUGCUCAACGCCAUCAAACGCAUCGACUACUGGAGCGGCGGCACCAGCACGGGAGCUGCCAUCACUUACGCCGCUGAGCAACUCUUCAGCAAGUCCAAGCCCAACAAACGCAAAAUUAUGAUCGUCAUCACUGAUGGACGCUCUUAUGACGACGUCAGAGCACCUGCGCUGGCUGUCCAUAGCCAAGGUGUGAUCGCCUACUCCGUCGGCAUCGCCUGGGCCGCCCAGGACGAGUUGGAGUAUAUUGCCACUGAUCCAGACAAGGAGCACUCCUUCUUUGUGGAUGAGUUUGAUAACCUGUACAAAUUUGUGUCUAAGAUCACACAAAACAUCUGCCAAGAGUUCAACUCCCAGCCCAGAAACUGAGGAUGGAUACCGAAAAUGGCGAAAGCUUACAUUAAAAGAACACUGACUGCAAAUUUACCCUCUAUUGGCCACAUGUGCCAUAUCUUCAUUUAGGUGUGGAUUGGGGAUUAACAACAGAAAACAUCUUCGAGAAUCAGUAUUUAUCCUCAAAUCCACCUAUGGUGCUAACGUUAGAGACAAACAGCUGUCGUUUGGCUGCAUGAAGAAAGCCGUACUAUUGAAUCCUAUUUCAUGGAUUUAAAUGGCGUACCACUGUCCAUUUACUGUUUUAGAACAGUAUCGCUCAAACCAAUGGUACUACAGUAUUAAAAUUACUGUUGCUAUUUAGCUAUUAUGCUAACCUUUAAGCAUAAGUGAAUUUCGUUCAAUAUUUUUCAGUUGUUCAAUUCAAAAAGUGAAACUGUUCAUCAUUUGCAAAUUAUUUGAAGGUGGUACCAAAAUGUAAAGCAAGAGUAUCUAAGUCGAGGUGGUUCCAGGACAAAGAAAAGUUGACAUUUGGCACAAGCGGCACUUCUUUUUUGAGGCUUUUUCUUUGCGCUUUAUCUAAAGUGGUGCUUUUUCUUCCUAACUGGAGAAAUUGGUUCGUGGGGACACUGUGUCGGUUCCUUAUUAUGGUUCUUGUACUGCGUCGGCAUGAAAGGUCGUUGGAAUGGAGCUUACGUGCACUGCAUGAUUUAUUUCCUUAACAGUGCGCUUGCUUUUAAACAGCUUUUGUCUAAAGAGUAUUUAUGAUUGUCUCCUUAUUUGUACAUAUUCAUAUCAGCAUAUUUGCUCACAAUGAUUUUUUUUUUUUGCAAGUUUUGAUAAAAUAAAGAAAAUAAGACAACUUCAUGGCGCUGCUUUGAGAAUGAGUUCAAUAGCGUGCAUGAAAACAACUGACAGUGAGGUGAAUAGUUUACAGCAGGUUUAUUUUGAACAUUGCUUUGAUUUACAAACCAGUGACUGAGAAAAUGGCUCGUUGAAUGCUGCGCUCUCCGCUCAUUUGAUUCAAACCCAAGGAACAUCUCACAGUUUACAGUAGGAUUAGAACUUGCAGGAAAUGUCACCUCACUCCGUGUUAGAUGGUGGACAAGUUAUUUGAAAGAGUCCUUGAGUACUGCACUAAGGUCCCGCUAAACACUGGACUACUGUCAAUAGGUGGACAUGACACAUCACGUUGUAAUAAGCAUGUCCGGUGGGGGAGGGGACUACAAACAGUACAAGUCAAUUGGAACAAGAGCAAACUGGCCAAAAUUAGUUAUUCCUAAAAUGGACAUCAAUAACCAACUUUAAAUUGUAAUAGUAUAUAACCAAAAAUGGUUUACUUUAGACACAAAUGUUUGUACGCUAAUCUUACUUGUCAAGUGUACAAUAUUCUAACAAACAGACCAUAUACUGUAUCUGCUUUGCGUCACACUACCAGCUUUGUCUGGAAAAGCACAAAACUGAUUCCCCAGAUACAUUUAUCAAAAGGAGCACUCAAACUCACUGCACAGUUAAUUUUAAGACUGAAUAUAUAUUUUGUUUAUUAUAAGUAUUUGUCAUUUUACAUCCAAUGUUAAAAUCAGCAACACUGUGGCAACCGGAUGAGUUUCUCUGGCGCUCCCUCCCUCACCACUCCCCAGAAACAAGCUUGUUAAAAUAACAUUUCCAAGGCCUUUUAAAGCAAAGGCACAUUUGUCAACAAGUGUUUUAAAAAGGAAAAUCAAGGCAGACCAGCAAGAGGAGAAGUGAAUCUGGACUGAAAACAAAA